GUCCAAGGUUGCUUUUUUCCUUCACAGUCCACAACCCUUUACUGCGUUUUUCAUUGAAUUAUUGAGUCUCAGUAGUAGUAGUAGUAGUAACAGCAUUGUUUUAAGAGCUUUUGCUUUUUAAUUUGCUAGAAAACAAGAACAUUCAAAUUUUUUGCUUUUUCUUUUUAAUCUCUCCUUUUUUUCCCCUUUUGUUUUUCUAUAUCUAUAGUUUGAUUUCAAUUGAAAUUUUAUUAUAGUUUAAGCUGAGGUUUAAUUUUAUGUCAAGCUUUAUAUCAUAGUAUGUGUGAAAGUGAUUAUAACAAAAAUGGCUUAAAUUUAGAGUCCACAACCACAAUUUGACUCAUUUACCCUUCAUGUUUAUAUAUGUGCAGGUGUUAAGGAAGUUCCAUUGAUUACAUAUUCUUGAGCUAAGAUGGAUAAAUCAUCCAACUUUGGUGAUAACUGUGAUGUGAGGUAUCACCUUUCACCUUCUAUGGAUCAUUCAGUUAGUGAAACUCCUCCUUUUUCUAGAUUGAGUGGUGAUUCUUUCGGAUACUGCCGAGUUUGGACAAGCUCAGACGCGUCAAAUUCAAAUUUCUCUGACACUCUAGAUGAUAGCAGCUAUGCCAGUGAACCUUCGCCUUUGCCUUCACCUUCGCCUUCUCGGUGGAGGGAUGUUAAACCUGGUCUUUCUAGGCUAGGAAUGAAGCUGCGCAAGCAAUCAGUCGAUGAUAAACUCGAUGAUAAUGAUCUCUUGGAUUCAGGUGAGCUUGAAAUGAUGAAGGAAAGAUUUGCAAAACUUCUACUAGGAGAAGACAUGUCUGGUGGAGGAAAAGGUGUUUCCACAGCAGUUACAAUCUCAAAUGCCAUUACCAAUCUCUAUGCAACAGUAUUUGGACAAAGUUUAAAGUUGGAGCCGCUGAAGCCAGAGAAGAAAGCCAUGUGGAAAAGGGAAAUGAAGGUUCUUUUAUCAGUGUGUGAUUACAUACAAGAAUUUGCCCCAACUGCACAAUAUUUAGAAGAUGGCACAAUUGUGGAGAUGAUGAAAAGCAGACCAAGGUCAGAUAUCUAUAUCAACCUCCCUGCACUACAGAAGCUUGACACAAUGCUUAUAGAAAUAUUAGAUUCUUUUGAGGAUACUGAAUUCUGGUAUGCAGAGAAUAUAUCAGCAAGUUCGCCUCGUUUACGCGCAGCCUCAUUUCGGAAGAUUGUUACAAGGAAAGAUGAGAAAUGGUGGUUACCAGUUCCCUGUGUUCUCCCUGGUGGCCUCUCUGAGAAGUCAAGGAAACACCUUACAGAGAAAAGGGAUUGUGCUAAUCAAAUUCAUAAAGCGGCAAUGGCAAUAAAUAGCAAUAUUCUUGCGGAAAUAGAUAUUCCAGAAACAUAUAUAGAUGAUCUUCCAAAGAGUGGAAGAGGAAGUCUAGGAGACACAAUUUACCACUAUAUGUAUACUGCUGACAAGUUCUCGCCUGAUCGCCUUCUUGACUGUCUCAAAAUAAGUUCUGAGCAUGAAGCACUCGAUCUAGCAGACAGGGUCGAAUCAUCGAUGUACACGUGGAGACGUAAAGCUUGUCUUAGCCAUUCAAAGUCAUCAUGGAAAGAAGUAAAAGAUCUGAUGGAUGACACCGAUUGGAAGGACAAAAACUACAUCUUAGCUGACAGAGCUGAAGCUUUGUUGUUUAGCCUCAAGCAAAGAUAUCCUGAACUUUCACAAACUUCUUUGGAUACAUGCAAGAUCCAAUACAACCGUGAUGUGGGGAAAGCAGUACUAGAAAGCUAUUCAAGAGUUUUAGAAGGCCUAGCAUUUAACAUUGUUGCUUGGAUUGAAGAUGUUCUGUGUGCAGAUAAAUCAAUGACAAAUAGAGAAGUCUAGAAACCACAACUGGGUUAUACAACUUCAUCACAACAAUGCUUCUCUUCCAUUCAACAAUCUUAUUGUAAACCAAGGAUUUGGGAGAAUUUAAGACAGUUAGUACUUGGUAGAUGAUGUGUGAAAAUAUAUUAUUCACUUGCAUCUGUGUGAAGCUCAUUUGUCAACAGUAUAUAGAAGACAGUGUCAACAUUCAGUUGAAUUUUUAAGCAUGACUUCCAACAGACACACCACAAAUACACACUAGGAAAUAUCAGUUAAAUUGCUCAACUCUGGAAAUUUAUUUGAUUUUGGGCGCUAGAACUAAUAGCCGAUCUAAUUACAUCAAAAAUUUAAAACUGUUUUUUCUCUAGACUAAACACAGCUAGGUUUAUUAGGUAA